AUGGAACAAAGCGUGGUCAAAGCACCUGGAUCCGAUCAACUAAAACGUAGUGAAUCAUCGAGAAGAAUAUUGAUUCCAGUGGGUGCGGGUACAGACUCUAGACAAGCAUUAAUCUGGUAUGGUGACAAUAUCAAACAUCAUGGUGAUUUGAUCAUCUUUGUGCACAUCAUUGAUCCUGUAUUCCCAACACAUUUGUCUGCACUUUCAAUUGAACAUGAGUCAAUGCUGUUUGUAUCAUCAUUUUGCAUACCUGAUGGGGAAUUACGUACUGCAAAAUCUAUAUGUCAACAAUUGGUACGUGAAGCGAGUAAACUCGGAGUUAAUUCUGAGGCAUUGAUUCAAAUCGAUACAAAACCUGGUCCAGCUUUAGUAAAGUUGAUAUCAGAGAAGAAGAUUGAUAUUGUUGUUAUGCCUAAUCGUGGUUUAGGAUUCUGGCGAUGCAAUUUCAUUGGUAGUGUCAGUUCAUAUAUACUACAUCAUUCAAAUAUUCCAGUAUCAAUUGUCCCAUCAUCGUACAAUCAUUCAUGA